UUUCUUAACCUCUUUUUGACUCAAUUCUCUGUCUGCAAAAUGAGGCUGAAAAUAUGGAUAAUGUGAAGGGUAAAUGAAUUAGUAUACAUAAAGCUCUUUGGCACAUAUUAAUCCCUCAGAAAUGUCUUAUUUUUACCAUCACCUCCAUUUCAUAAGUGAGGAAGCCAGGUUUGGAGAGAGUAAGCAACUAAUUAGUCCAGGCUGCCCGGUGCGCGCACUCUGCAGCAGCACAGACCUGCUCAGAAGGCCUGCGGGGUGCGGGUUCGCCCCCAGCCCAGCGCCCGCCCAGCCCUGCCCAGCCCGGCCGCCGCCAGCGCGCUCCAGGGGGAGGGGGCGGGGGCCGGCGCGGACAGGACGGGAGUCUCCGCAGCCGCCCGCCCGGCCGCAGCCGCUCAGACACCGCCCGCGACGCAGCCGCCUGCGGCUCCCCUACCGCCUGGCUCCGAGCCCCAGCCGGCUCUGCAGAAGCGGCCGCGAGAAGGGGCCACCAGUAAGCGACUCGGGAGCACCGGUCACCGCCCGGCCGCCGCAGCCACCGCCAGGCCUCCGCGCGCUGCGCCCACGCUCUCACCGCUCGGGCUCUCGGAGCCUCAGCCAACCUCGCAGCCACCUGCUCUGGGCCCGGGGCCAGGACACGAUGAGCUCCGCGCUGGCCCUCUCGGCGCUGCUGCUGCUGCUGCCGCCGCUGCCGUCGCUCUCCCAGAAUGAUAUAAACCCUACCUCCAUGAAAAUGUCUACGACAAAGGAUCCAGGAACAACUACGCCGACCAGUGGCCCUCUGCGGAAUGCAACCACAGCCCCGCCAAGCACAAAACACUCCACAGAACCCAGUGGCUCAGGCGUCUCCAGUACCACUGUGGGCGACCAGAAGGGUGUUCAAGGUUCAGGCCAGGCUGUUCAACCAACCCAGAAGACUGUCCCAGUUCCCUCGACAAAGCCAGCAACCAUAACCAGCCAGGAGAGAAAUAAUGAUACAGCUCCAACAGGAAUCCCAGGUAGCCACAAAUGUGUUGCUACAGAAAUCACAGCCACCACGGGAAGAAGUCAGACAACUCCUCCAACUCUGCAUGCGGUUAACAGCACGGGCACCCCUCCUGCCACUCCUUCCUCGCCCGUGCCAACAGGCUCUCCACAAGUGUCUUUGAGCCCCACUGCUCUGAAUGCCCCAGGGAGCUCACCCAAAGGACCCCCACCGUCAAGGAGUCCAGACAUGAUGACGAGCCACACCACACCUCAGGGGACGACUAAUACACCCACCAUAGCCCCAUCGGUUACCUCAGCCGAAAAUCAACAGACCUACUACACCAAGACGCCAGCUGUGACUGCAUCCACUCACGCCGUCGCUGGGACCAUUCCCUCUGUCCCUGGGGCCUCUCCCUCCAUCGCUGGGGUCUCUCCCUGCAUCGCUGGGACCUCUCCCUCCAUCACUGGGACUCUGCCGCCCACAGUCUCUCCAUCAGGACCUGUGACCCCGCCUUCUGUCAGACCCACGAGCUCCAGCACUCACUUGGCUCCAACUGCCCCCCAAGACUCCAACAUCCCUUUUUCUACCUCAGCUCUUAAGGAUAAGAUGAUUAAGUGUGAGCCUCCCAAAAGGCUGAACGAGACGAUGCUCAUCCUGAACGUCACGAAAAACGACCUGUGUGCAGGGAGCCCUUCGGAUGACAAGUUGGCCGCACUGCUGUGCCGAGCAGCAAAAGCCAACUUCGAUGCAAGUCGCGAUCAGUGCCAUAUAUGGUUGGUCCCGUCUUCAGACGUCCAGGCAGUGGCAAUCAAGGAGAUCACCGUCCAGACAAAGCUCCUUCCCAAGGACAUGUACGAACUGCUGAAGGACAAAUGGGACGACCUCAAGGAGGUGGGCGUCAGUAACAUGCAGCUGGGGGACCAGGGGCCGCCGGAGGAGACUGAGGACCGGUUCAGCAUGCCCCUCAUCAUCACCAUCGUCUGCAUGGCGUCCUUCCUGCUCCUCGUGGCGGCCCUCUAUGGCUGCUGCCACCAGCGCCUGUCUCACAGGAAGGACCAGCAACGACUCACAGAGGAGCUGCAGACGGUGGAGAACGGGUACCAUGACAACCCAACGCUGGAAGUGAUGGAGACCUCCUCAGAGAUGCAGGAGAAAAAGGUGGUCAACCUUAACGGGGAGCUGGGGGACAGCUGGAUCGUCCCCCUGGACAACCUGAUGAAGGAUGACCUAGAUGAGGAGGAAGACACCCACCUCUAAUCAGGUCUGCUGGCGGCCGCCGACAGUGCCACGAGAUCUGGACCGAACCACCUCAAGUGCCGACUGGACCAGGGAGGAAAGUCCUCCCCAUCUGAGGAAAAGACUGGGGUGGGGGCUGAGCAGACUCAGAGGGACCUGCCUCCCAAUCCCCACAGGGCCUUAAUUUUUCCCUUUUCAAGCUGAACAAAUCACACUCUGUCUAGAUUCCUCUUGUAGCAUAACCCACUAGUGCCUGAGCUCAGAGCUGCUGAAGAUGAGAGGAAGAGAAAUGAAAGAAAGAGCCAUCUAAGGGACUUUAGAGAUCAUCUGGUAGAAUCCCUCCCUUCCACAGAUGAGAUGACUGGGGCCGGAGGAGAGUGAGGUCAAGAUCACACAACUACAUGGCGACAGAGUCAGAGUGAACACAAAGGUUCCUUCUUCCGUCCAGUGCUCAUUCCCACCUCGCCACCCCGCUCUGGUCACUUGCGCUCUCCCUGCGGAGCUGCCGUGGGCAGCGGGGAAGCUGCCAGUCUGCGGAUGGGAUAGAAGGGGGAGCCGGGCCAGGUCCUGUCUCGGUGGGAUCCGAUUACUUGAAAGUGUAGGGCCCAGGUUCAGUCUCCUACCCCAGCCUCCACUGGCAGGGCUCCCGCCCCCUUUGCUCUUCGCCCUCCCUUCGCUCAAUUUUUACUCCCAUUCUGUCUCAGGGCCCUGGAGCUAACACAAGUCAUUCCUGACCUUGAACCCCUUGUUCUGACUUCUGGUUUCUUGGCAUUUGCUUAGUGAGAUUGGGACUUCGUCCACACAAGACCCCAGGGGCACGAGGUCUGCUUAGGGUUCUGUCCACAGGUGAGCAGCAGGGGAAGCCCUUCCUCCUGGGAUGUGUCCUGGCCCGUCGCCCGAGGCGCUCCUAUUAGGGCCCCCCCAAGUGUUCCCUUGGCCUCCCAAGGGCACCACCGGGGACUGAAACCCACAGCAGCUACUGAAGGCAAACGGCUCCUAUUUGGUCUGUGCCCUGCUUGUCCAAUGGGGGUGGGACCCGAGCUAGGGAGCCCCGCCCCCUGAGGGCUGGCGUGAACCAGCAGCUUCAGGACGCUGUCCUGGGACCCCCGACGGGGGUGUGCCAAGAGACAAUCGGUAGAAACAGCCAGGAAGGACGGGCUUUACUGUCUCAUGGGAAAUUCGGGGACUUUUCAAGUUGCUGAGAGUUUUGUUAUUUUGAUGUAGUUGUUUGUUUGCUUGUUUGUUUGUGUUUUAAAUCCAGCCCUCUACUGCCAAAGGCCAAAGCUCAAAUGACAGGGAGACUUUCAGUUAGGUCAUCUCACCGACUGCAAGUCUCCAGUAGCCACAGGGCGAGAAAGGCCUGGAAUGUUCAGUGUGCGUUUUAAGGUGCACGCGGGGCCGCUCGGGGGACUGGCCGUCUGUCUGUCCUCAGCAACCUUACUCUUCUGCCAUGGAACCGUGUCCUCUUCUCUGUAGUCCUGCAGUUUCUGGCGGCAUCUCAGGGAAAGAAAAUAGCGCCUGUUUCUCAGUGGAGCACGUGGAGGGGGCUCAGCAGCUAGUGGCCAUGUGUGUGGCGGGCACCUGAGGACUGGACAUGGUGAGGUUUAAUUUGGUUUUCUGAGAAGGCAGAAUCCUGUGUGGAAUUUUGGACUUUGCCCAAGGUCUCUUGUUCCUGGGCAUACAUUUCCUGGAACCAAACGAGGAAGAUGGGCAGAACUGCUUAGGAGAAUGAAAAUGGCCAUUUCUGGGCAAAAAGCCAGAAGUCCAAAACCUAGAGGCAGGCCCAGGCUGCGACAGCUCUGAUGAAAUAGGCUCUCUGCUUUGGGAUAUGUUCUUAAAAAAAAAGAAAGUGGGGGUGGGGAGGAGCUCAGGGGAAAGAUGGAUAUCCUUCCCCAGCUGCCUGAUUCUUCAUUGCUUUUAGCCCUUUGGCCUUGGAGUUCAAGUUGGCCCCAGUGAAUUUCCCAACAGCUAGAGAGAUGCUAGGCUAACAAGGAUCCCAAAGCAUUUGCCCUGUGUCUCCAGUAUGUAGAGGCUGGCAGGGUGGAGAAGGGCAGUAGUUUUCGGGGAAAGAGAGGGAAUCUUGUCACGCUGGGAAAAGGUCUGAUUUCUUCCUUCUUGGCCAGUAUUUGGUUCAUUCCACCCAGCGGGUUUCAGGUUUCCAUCACGACCCCUUGGGGAGAGGCCAGAAGCAUUCUACUGCUUUGCUGAUUCUGGGUCCUGCUUCACCAGCCAGGCCCUUGGACAGAGACAGCAAAUACGUCUCUGAAAAUUGACCCCGGCCACGCCCCGCAGGCCUGUUGGGGAGAGAGAUGGCGCCCGGCAGGGAUUAGCGAGUGACAGUUACCCUGGGUGGAGAGCUGGUUCGGAGGUUCCUUCGUUUGGCGCAUCCAAACUGUGUUGCUCCAGCCUUUCAGGGCAACUGCAGAACUGUCGACUGUCGAAGACAGCCGUGCAUCCGUAAGGGCCACGUUCUUCCCGUCUCUGCACUGGGCUCUGACUGCUGGCUGGCAGUGCAGACUCGGGGGCUGAGGAGGGAGGGGAGGAACAACCAGAAUUCCUCACAACUUAAGACAAGUUGUACUGCAGGGAGAUUGUGAACUCUUGACUUCAGUGACACACUGGUUUCCAUAAGCUGCAGAAAAGGCCAGCAUGACUGGGACUAUCGGACAGGCCCAAGGGGAGGUGCGCUGUCCUGCGUGUGGGAGCGAAGCCGCAGUGCUUAGGGGGGUCCUGGCAUCGUCAGGCAGAACACGGGUGCAGUCUAGACGCAGGCUCCCUAUCCCCCUCGUGACAAGGAGAGCUGGCAGAAACUUUCUCGAGACCGCUCCUGAGCUUUACCCUUUUUUUUUUGACAAUAUGCUGGAGAAACUUUGAACGACAAGUUUAAGCUGACCCAUAUAUACCUAUUUUUAUGGUUAUGUAAAUAAAAUGGCCACAUGUUGUUCGUCCACCCAGCACGGCUUUAAAUGAAUAUAUUUUGGAAAAAUAUUUGUUAGACCUAGAGCUGGCUUUUUUCUUUUCUCUGAACAGGAAUGUAAAUGUCUAUUUUCCUAGAAACGACAAGUUUUUGUUUGAUUUUUCUUUAAUGAAAAAAAAUGAAAUACAAGACAGGCUGAUGACAAAGUAUUUGUCGAGCUCAUCGGGCAGUGUUCUUUCAAAUGCGACCCUCACGCCCUCCCCGGCAGAGUCCUGGCCUGUCCCAGUCGGGGUGGCAGGCGGUGAGCACGGGUAGGAAAGCGACGCCCCGGUCACUGGGAGGGAGUCUCAGAGACCUAGAGACCUCCUCCAGUUUUUUGUUGUGUUGUGGUUUUUAACAGAAGCCCAGAAAGAUACAGGGACUCAGUUCAAAUCACAAGGUUAGUGACGGGAACGGGACGAAAACCUGGGCUGGCAGACUAGUGCUGUGUGCCUCUGCUCUUUGUAUUGUUAUUUUUAUUUUGAGAUGGAGUACAUUAAGACCUGCUAGUUGGCCACAGGCAUCAUUAGCACGAUAGAACAAAGGACAGAAUUCCCUGCUCAGACCUCAUCCCGCUGGGGCACGAGCGUGGGGAGGGCAGGAAGACAAAGAUGGGCCUUCUGCACUUCUCUGAGUUAGUUAGGCCUGAGGCUGAAUGAACAGUUCUUUUCCGUCAAGGAGACAGUUUUGAAUGAGCUGUUACCUAUGAAUCUGCUCCUAGCGGACUAAGGAUCAAAGGGAACAAGGUAGGGGAAGGCAGGCUCACGGAGGUCUGGUGGAAACCCAGCCCUGAGUGACAGCAGGGGAUCACGCGUGUAGGUCUUUGUUUUUAGUGAAUGUUAAAAAGUCUGCCCAGGAGGCUGGGCGAGCACUGUCUUGGUGGACAGGGGUCUGACGUACACUGGAAUUUACUGAGAAACUUCUUUGUAAAGGCUAUACUUAAUUAUCGCCAUUUUCUUACAAAAAUAUAUAUUUUUGAAAAUUGUAUUCUGUCAAUUAAAGUGCUUUUGUGUAA